CUCUCCUCCCAAGUCCCAACCCUAACCCCUGUCUCGCUCUCCCGGCCAGGCCCUCCUCCCCUGGCGGCGCUCCCCCUCCCUCUUGACGGCCGCGCGAUCCUCCGCUCUACUUCUUCUACCUCCUCCUCCUAACCUUCCUCCUGCUCUUACCUUCCCCGAGCUCCAAUCUGCCGCCCGCAGCUGCAAGCUUAGCGUAGCCGGCGACGCCUCACACGUCUUACGCGCGAACACGUAUUCCUUCGCGGCGCCGCCAUCGCCGCUCCUGUUCUAUCUCGUCACGACAUCAGGUUCCUGCUGUCUCGAUCCCGUCCGUGAAAUUAGACAUCCGAUUUCGAGGUUGUAUAAUACUGACGCUCAGCUAUAUUAUCUGAACAGAGGGGAUUCUGUUAAUAACUGUACUACAGUGAUCAAUGGGUUCAAAGAGGAGUUGUCUUUUGAUCACUUACUCUCCUGAGAUUACAGAUGGCAUACCUUUGUAUGUGUCAUCUAAUUGCCUGCCUGUAAAAGCUUCCAAAUAUGAACCUGCCGGUCAUUCGUUCCAUGCUGUGGCAUUGAAGCUCCGUGGUCUUGAUGAGAAAGAAGACACAGAAACUGAUGAUCGUAGUGUUUCAUCAGAUGACAAGAGCCAAGAUUUUUCUGCUGCUUCUGAUACCUUUAGCAGCAAAGGAAAGAAGAAGUCUGCAUCUGGAAGUCAACAACAAGAUCACUAUGCAUUGCUUGGGUUGGGUAAUUUGCGAUUCUUGGCCACUGAAGAUCAGAUUCGGAAGAGUUACCGUGACAUGGCUCUUAAACAUCAUCCAGAUAAGCAGGCUGCUCUCCUUCUUCAUGAGGUAACAGAGGAGGCAAAGCAAGCUAAGAAGGAUGAGAUAGAGAGCCAUUUCAAGGCCAUUCAGGAAGCUUAUGAGGUCCUCAUGGAUCCUACAAAAAGAAGGAUUUUUGACUCAACUGAUGAGUUUGAUGAUGAUAUCCCGACAGACUGCGCCCCUCAAGACUUCUUCAAGGUUUUUGGCCCAGCCUUCAUGAGAAAUGGGAGAUGGUCUGUUACCCAGCCUAUUCCUUCUUUGGGAGAUGAUACCACUCCUGUAGCGGACGUUGACCAAUUCUACAAUUUCUGGUAUAACUUCAAGAGUUGGAGGGAAUUUCCACAUGAAGAUGAGUAUGAUCUGGAGCAAGCUGAGUCUCGCGAACAUAAGAGAUGGAUGGAGAGGCAGAAUGCAAAGAUACAAGAGAAAGCAAAAAAGGUAGAGUAUGCACGAGUCAGGAAUCUCGUUGACAAUGCUUUCAAGAAAGAUCCCCGAAUCCAGAGGAGAAAGGAGGAGGAAAAGGCUGAGAAACAGAGGAGAAGAGAGGCAAAAUACAUGGCCAAGAGAUUGCAGGAGGAGGAAGCUGCAAGGGCUGCAGAAGAGGAAAGAAAGAGGAAAGAAGAGGAAGCUAAGAAGGCUGCAGAAGCUGCUCUCAAUCAAAAGAAGUUGAGGGAAAAGGAGAAGAAACUGCUACGCAAAGAGAAAUCUCGUCUUCGCGCUCUUAUGGCACCUGUCGUUGCAGAUAACCAAUUUAAUCUGUCACAGGAUGAUGUCGAAACAGCAUGCACAUCACUUGAUAUAGAACAGCUGAAGAAACUCUGUGAUAACAUGGAGGAUAAGGAUACAACUGAAAAGGCGAGGUUACUGAGAGGUGCAUUGAGUAAAGAAAGCUCCCCAAAUACUUCAAAAGAAAAGAUUCAAGCAAAUGGCGUGGAGGGUUCUACUCCAAAACCCAUGCCCAUGGGUGGAAAAGUCCCACAGGGCAAUGCACUAAGCGGCUAUGAGAAAAAAGAAAGACCGUGGGGAAAAGAAGAGGUUGAAAUGCUUAGGAAGGCGACACAGAAGUAUCCGAAGGGAACUUCAAGGAGAUGGGAGGUUGUUUCAGAGUUUAUUGGAACUGGUAGAUCCGUUGAAGAGAUUCUGAAGGCCACAAAAACCGUUCUUCUGCAGAAGCCAGACUCAGCUAAAGCUUUUGACUCGUUCCUUGAGAAACGCAAACCAGCUCCGUCCAUUGUAUCGCCUCUUUCCACAAGAGAUGAGACAGUUGUGUUGCAAGCUGUGGGAGCUGGAACUGAACCAUCCAAGGCUGCUGCUGCGGAACCUGCUGCUGCACAACCUGCUGCUGCUAGCAGUCAGACAGCUAAUGAGAAAACUGGUGCUGAUCCAGUACCAGAUGAAGCACCUUCCGCCACAGAUCAAGAUGCCUGGUCAGAGGCCCAGGUGCUGGCCCUGGUUCAAGCUUUGAAGGCUUUUCCCAAGGAUGCAAGUCAAAGAUGGGAGAGGGUAGCUGCUGCUGUCCCAGGUAAAACAGUGGUGCAGUGCAAGAAAAAGGUGGCGGCAAUGAGGUCGAAUUUCCGGACCAAGAAAGGUGCGGAGUAGAAGAGACAGGCCACCAUCAGAAUUACAUUUAUCCGAUUAGUACCUGAGAGAAGCAAGUCUUUGAACAGCAUUAUUCUUAUAGAUCUGAGCAUCAUGGGUGGCGCAAAUCUCUGCUGACGGUUUUGCUGACAAACCUAGGCGCCUCCCAUGGUAACUAUAAUUUUGUCGUGGAGCUCUGUACGAACUCUCAUUCAUUCUUAUGCCACUGUCAGCGUUUUGCUUAUGCAAGUUAUAUCGAGGUGAUUAGCGCAUUGCUUUCUAGCUCA